ACAGCGCCUCGCAGAAGGUCACACACAGCUGGAGAGACUGGCCUGUACGGGGAGCAGAUCUCGGGAAAGCUUGCCGUUGGCGUCUGGUGAACACGUGGACACUUUUUCUGCUUUGGGGACGCGAAUUCUGCCAGGAGGAAGCUCCGGUGUUUGGCCGAUUCGUACUUCGGGAGGGUCUUGUUUUGCUCUUUACAGUGGAACGGCGUCUUGUUUUGUCUGGCCACCGCGCGUGUUGCUAGCCCUGUUUGAGAGAAGAAACAGACCAGUACAGCUAAGCCUCGAGUUAACGUUCAAUUUGUGAAGUUAAAGGAGAGCGCGCGAAGGGAGGACUGAGAAAUGAGGGGGAAAACCAACGGCGGUCCCGAAAGCAGAGCUCCACCUGCUUGUGGUUAAACCAUAGCUGAGAAACCGGCCCCUGUGGGUGAAUUGGAGGAAUAUUACUUCAGAUAUUUUCCUCCACAGUUGGCAGUGACUCACGCAGCGGCCACAGAGUGUUGGGUGACUUCAGACUCGUGUCUUCUAAAAUUGCUGCGAACAUUAACCACAGAAAGAACCCACAACCCAACCAAAAGAGUGUUUUUUUUUCUCCCUCCCCUCCGGGCGCGCUUCAGAUUGUUGGCACACUGACAUCUCAGGACUUGUACAAGAGUCUUUUGAAUUCAAGCAGCCGCUCUAAGUAAUUUAGUCAAAGCAUUGCGAAACCGGGACAGCGAGGCUUAAGAGCAACGCGAGGCAGACUACUCACACUGGGGUUCAAGGCUACUCUGGCUGGGGAGAAAAGGAGGCUGCUGGAGAACAUUAAUGGAGUUCCGUUGUGUUUAAAUUCUCUAUAGAGUCAGCUGUAAAUAUUUGAUGAAGUACACUAUAUAAUGCUGUGAUAGCCGGUUGACCUUUGAAAACCUCAGCUCACGUCCUCUGCAGCCUAUUUCCCCAGUUUCUUUUUAACCGUUUUUCUCCCCCAUCCAUGUUUGCGACAAAAGACUGAUGCGUUGAUCUGAAUUCUAGACAGCCUUUGGGAGCAGCGGGAGGGAAAGACUAUGAACUUCGAAAAAUAAUAGGAAAUUAACUACUGAAAAGACUAGGUCCUUCCCUCUCCUUUUCUGUGGGUGUAUGCGUGGUGGGGGUGGUUUUGUUUCAAACAUUUCCUCUGCUCAAAACGUUUCUCAGUGUGUGGGAUUUCGGAAGGACCUUUGAUUUUAAUAACACUGGUAAUUCCCCGAGGGGGUGGAGAGCAGAGAAACUUGUCCAAAUCUAUAAAGCCAUUUUUAAAGGACACACAGAUUUCCAGGGAAGAGCAACCUAAAACUGGAUGCUUGGGUUAAUUCUGGCAGGACCAGGAGCCCCGGCGUCCCCCUGCUCUGUCCAACUAGUCCAAAUUCGCUCCUGGAGUGGCUUCGCUUCGUUUGCCCCUUCUACACCGGGACCCUAAGCCUCUUUCUUUUUAUGUUGGUCUCCCGAGAACCGCCGGCUGAAGAGUUGCGCUCGUGUCGCUUUAUCCGAAGCCCUCUGAGGACCUUUUUCACUCAAAAGGCUUGUUGUGAUGCGUAUCCCCGUAGAUACCAGCACCAGCCGCCGCUUCACGCCGCCCUCCACCACUCUGAGCCCGGGCAAGAUGAGCGACGCGCUGCCGCUGGUCGGCCAAGAGAACGGCAGCAGCGCCCUGGUGGGGAAGCUGAGAAACGCAGAUCGCAGCAUGGUGGAUGUCUUAGCCGAUCAUCCGGGAGAACUGGUCCGCACCGACAGCCCCAACUUCCUCUGCUCUGUCCUGCCGACCCAUUGGAGGUGCAACAAGACUCUGCCGAUCGCUUUCAAGGUGGUUGCAUUAGGAGAUGUCCCUGAUGGGACUUUGGUCACAGUUAUGGCUGGAAAUGAUGAAAACUACUCUGCAGAACUCAGAAAUGCUACUGCUGCCAUGAAGAAUCAAGUAGCAAGAUUCAACGAUCUAAGAUUUGUCGGCAGAAGUGGAAGAGGGAAGAGCUUCACAUUGACUAUCACAGUCUUCACGAAUCCUCCACAAGUAGCCACAUACCACAGAGCUAUCAAGAUAACAGUGGAUGGGCCUCGAGAACCAAGAAGACAUCGUCAGAAACUAGAUGAGCAGACAAAGACCGGAAGUUUGUCCUUUUCAGAGCGCCUGAGUGAACUGGAACAGUUGCGUCGCACAGCUAUAAGGGUUAGCCCACAUCAUCCAGCCCCGGCACCUAACCCAAGGGCUUCCUUGAACCACACAACUGCUUUUAAUCCUCAACCUCAGAGUCAGAUUCAGGAUACAAGGCAACUUCAGCCAUCUCCUCCCUGGCCUUAUGACCCAUCUUACCAAUAUCUGGGAUCAAUUGCAACUUCUUCUGUUCAUCCAGCUACACCAAUUUCACCUGGAAGGGCUAGUGGAAUGACCUCCCUUUCUGCAGAGCUUUCAAGCCGGCUAACAAGUGCUUCAGACCUAACAGCAUUCAGUGAUCCAAGAGUAGGAAUUGAUCGUCCAUUUUCUGCCAUUCCUUCCAUUUCUGAUCCUCGUAUGCACUAUCCUGGAGCAUUCACCUAUACUCCAACUCCAGUCAGCUCAGGGAUAGGAAUUGGCAUGUCUGCCAUGACCACCGCCACCAGAUAUCACACAUACCUACCACCUCCCUAUCCAGGUUCUUCUCAGGCUCAAGGUAGCCCAUUUCAGACCAGUUCUCCUUCGUAUCAUCUCUACUAUGGAACAUCAGCAGGAUCUUACCAAUUCUCCAUGAUGACUGGUGGUGAUCGGUCUCCCCCACGUAUUCUGCCUCCUUGCACUAAUGCUUCCACCGGAUCUACUUUACUCAAUCCCAACCUUCCAAACCAAAAUGAUGUUGUGGACACUGAAGGCAGUCAUAGCAACUCCCCCACCAAUAUGGGAACCACAGCAAGAUUAGAAGAAGCAGUGUGGCGACCAUAUUGAAUUAUUAUUACAGGUGUCUAUUCUGGCAAUAUCCAUGCUUUUAUAUGACAAAUGAGAGCACUGCCAUGUUUAUCUUUCACACAGAAUAAUAAUCAGUUCUGAAGUCAGUAUUUCUGGAAAUAUUGCUAUGAUUUUGCUCAAUGAAGUGAUUACAUUCCCGUAGACUUUUUCCAAGUUUGAACUUCAGAAAAUAACAACAUUUUAAGAUUGUAGUUUUGUUCACUCACGUUGGCUAUAAAUAUGGAGAAGGAUAGAUACUCAGUAUGUGUCCAGAGUUUCAGACCUUGAAAUUUAAAGUAUUUUGUUUGACAUUUGGUGCUGAGGGAUUUAGUCUUACACAAUCUUAAAUAAUUUAAUCAAUCAUUUUGACCUGUAAGUUAAAAGGAAGUAUACAACGAUUCUCAGAGAGAAACUGUGAAUGCUUCUAAUUUAGCAAUGCUGUGAAUAAGAGUUUUUAUAUUCUGGAAAUAAUUUUUUAAUCAAGUUGUAUAUCCCAAAGAAUACAGGAAUUGUUUUUAUUUUUAUUAUGUUUUUCAGCUUGCAACUCAUCCUUCUUUGUGUAUCAUCUUCCUUUAUUGGCACCUUAAAAUCUGCAGAAAGAUUUAAUCCUUUUUUUAUAAUGUGCUCGCUUUUCUUGUACUUUGUCAGCUAAGUGCAUCUACAAAAGCCUCUUUUUUAGAAAAGUAAUUUAAUUUUUUUAUUAUAAAGGAGUGACAACCUACAGUCCUUCUCAACUACUGAAAAAGUACAUGAUGAGUUGCUCAAUAUUUAUACUCUGCAUUGAACUUUUGUGUGUGAUGCACUUAUUUAAAUAUUGCUUUGAAAAUAAGCAUAUACAUUUUGUAGCAACCAAAGUUUAAAAUUAUUACAUAUAAAAUGGCUGGAAUAAUUAUGGAUAAUGUGACUUUUAAUUAUUUAGAAAUAUUGUUUACAUUUCGCUCCAUUUCAUUCUCAUCAAUAAUUUAAACAAAGUCACUUUGUCCAAUUGAAAAGCCAGGUUUCUUUGAAAAUGUUAUGAUGAAUAUCAUGUUAUUCUUUGAAUAAGUUUAGGUUGUAUUUGCUGACUUGGGCACUGGAAGCAAAGAUUUGUCUCAAAGUAUAUAUUUCGGAAUUCCUAGUACAGUAUGAUAUUUAUAUUCCAUCAGCUUUCUUAAAAACAACAUAAGGGGGGAAAAUCAAACAAUACAACUAAAUAUUAGCAUUCUAAAUGACUAUUAAGUUCCACAUUAUGGUCAAAAUACAAUACAUCCCAGUUUUCUCCCUUGCCCUAAUAAGAGAUUCAAAAAUUCAUUUAAGGCUGUAUCCUAACCAUAAUUUUGAAGAACCAAGUUCAUUGUGGUCCCUCCCUCCACAUGACACACAAUCCAAAGGAUUUUCUAGCAAUCUUACAUAAUUGAAGUUCAAACAAAUAAUAACUUAAGUGUGGGAUUCUUCAUUCUAGGCAUAUAUUCACUGAUUCAUCCUCAGCUAUUUUGCACCCUUAUAAAAGAGAGGUGUGGGCAACGUUGAGACUACUGAACCUGUUUUUGGUCACCCGAGUAACUCCCAAAGUCUCCACUAAAAUUCCUAUAUUCAGAAUAUUUAGAUAUUCUGAUUUUCAGAGGAAAAUUAAUAAAAAAUAUGCUAUAUUUAAAGUGCAUUGGGGGAAGGGAGAACAAUCCAAAUGGGUAAAAUAAGAGCAAGAAACCUCAUCUACCACUGCAGAGAAGCGAUUUCACAACCACCUGGGAACUAAAGUAUAAUUUUUGGACACACAAAUGUAUGUUCAUAACAUAGAAAGAAAAAUGCAGAUACUUUUUCUCUCUCUAGGAAAAGCACCCCACUCUUCCACUUUCUAUAAGUAGAUAGAGGCACAGCAUAAAGUAAUAAUGUUUUUAAAAAGAGUUUGGAUAACCAUUUGUCUGAAAUGGUAUAGGGUUUCCUGC